AUGCCGCAUCGCACCAUUCAUCUUUUCCGGAAGGGACUUCGGCUUCAUGACAACCCGACGCUGCUGGCCGCUCUGGAGACCUCGGAAGCCAUCUACCCUGUCUACAUCCUGGACAGAAAAUUCAUGACAUCUGUGAUGCACAUAGGGGCCCUGCGGUGGCAUUUUCUGCUACAGUCCCUGGAGGAUCUCCAGAAAAACUUGUGUCAGCUGGGCUCUUGCUUGCUGGUUAUUCAAGGAGAGUACGAGUCUGUUCUUAGAGAUCACAUCCAGAAGUGGAAUAUCACACAAGUGACUCUGGAUGCGGAGAUGGAACCAUUUUACAAGGAGAUGGAGGCCAACGUACGACGUCUGGGAGAAGAGCUGGGAUUUGAGGUGCUUUCCUUGGUGGGCCACAGUCUGUACGAUACCAAACGGUACGUGAUUGCCCUGAAGACCA